UUAAAGAAUUUAUUGAUGUUUAUACUUGUAUUGGUUGUGGGGCAUCAGGACAAGGCUAUACUUCUCUAAAUAGUGGUUAUGAUAAUGCUACUAAUCAGGGUGGUAAGGAUGGCAAACCUUUUAAUGAAGCUUAUGGGUUUAUUCCUGCUGGUGGGACUAUUAGAUGGAUUACUAAGGGAGGAGUUAGUCGAAUUGAAUGGCAACAAGCUCCUAACCAAAGCUCAGGUGGAGAAAUGGAAAUUCCUCUAAACGAUCCAGAAGUAAAUAUUCCUGAACCAGGAGAAAACGACCCUACUCCAGAUUCAAACUUGCCGGAACCUGAUCUAUUUGACCCUACUGGUGGAGAACCCGAGAUACCACCAAUAGAGCCAGACAUAACCGUUGAUGAAGACAUUCCCGAAAAUGACUUCCCAGACAUUGACCCACCCCCAGUAGAAGUUGAAACACCAGAAACAGAUCCCAAUGACCCCGACCAAGGAAAGGAUCCAGACACCGGAGAUAAUGAUGUGCCUCCACCAGAUCCAUUUGAUUUAGGAGAUAAUGAUAAUGAUUAA